AUGAGUUUUUCCAAUCAACAAGUUACUUUACCUCCUAUCAGGACUUUAUUUGAUGCCAUAGACAAGGACCAAAAAAGUGUUACGAAUGUUGCAUCUGUGGUCCCUACAAAUGGUGCAACUCUUCUUGCCAGUCCUGUUAGAACUGGCAGCAUGAACGCUAAUGGUAAAUCCAUCGUACAUGACACAAAUAUACUGUUUUCACCAACAAGAUAUAAUAAUCAAUCACUUUCUCCUCCAGUGUCACCACCAAAUCUAAAUACUUAUCUUCCGAAAUAUUCCAACGACUACUCUAACUAUUACAGUUAUAUGAGAUCAGGGGCUAAUGACGACCCUAGCAUCUUCAACUCACAGCAACCUCUAACCUCACCAGCUUCUUCCAGUUUCAGUGUUACCUCCCCAGCUUCACAUUAUAAUUCAAGUCCCACAAGUAAUAAGUAUCCUCCUAAUCGGAACUUCAGUGGCACCGCCAGUGCGACUCACUUCAUUCAAGAACCUUCUUUAAAAGGACUCAAAGAAUAUGUACCAACGUCCCCUCCUCACUCUGCCACCAUUCACAAUAACAAUAUCCAUUCUCCACGUAGUCCUUUGAAUAAUCUUCAUCACCACUUUCAUCAUCAACCUCAACGAUUUACUGCAAACAUCAUAAACACGAACAGUUUUAGAAAUGAAGAUGCAAAGAAAUUUCUUCAAAGGAGACACAGUACUUCAAUAAUUGACUCUAAUAAUGAGAAUACCGACUUCCAAAGAAGUCCGAAAGCCAAUGAUAAUACUAAUCACAACAGUAUUCUCAAAAGUAAAAAAGGUACAGGAAAGAGAUCUAACUUACCAAAAGAAACUGUUCAAAUUUUGAAUAAUUGGUUGGUUAAUCAUCUUGGUAAUCCGUACCCAACUGCAAUAGAGAAAAAUGAACUAUUGAAGCAAACUGGGCUGACGAAGAUUCAAUUAUCAAAUUGGUUCAUAAAUGUCAGGAGGAGAAAAGUCUUUACCGACUAUUUUGAUUCUCCAGAAAAUAAAAUUACCAUGGAAGCAAAUAAUCAGCAUUUGAAGAAAGAUGAUGACAAUUUCAUACUAUCUAACCCUUCUACUCAAAGAAAAUCUAUUAUGUCAAGACGUAGAAAAUUAAUCGAUAGAAUUGAAACAAACAAGAAGUCAGAUGUAAGUACGAAUAAUAACGAUUACUUACAAAAGGAAAAUUUUGAUAAUGAUAAUGAUAGUAUAAAAUCCAAUUAA